AUGAGUUGACUUCGUCACUUCCAUGGGUUCCUCUAUAACUUCCAUGUGUUCCUCCGUUACGCGCAUGUGUUCCUCCGUUACGCGCAUGUGUUCCUCCGUUACGCGCAUGUGUUCCUCCGUUACGCGCAUGUGUUCCUCCAUAAUGUCCAUGUGUUCCUCCAUAACGCCCAUGUGUUCCUCCAUAACGCCCAUGUGUUCCUCCAUAACGCCCAUGUGUUCCUCCAUAACGCCCAUGUAUUCCUCCAUUACGCCCAUGUGUUCCUCCAUUACGCCCAUGUGUUCCUCCAUUACGCCCAUGUGUUCCUCCAUAAUGCCCAUGUGUUCCUCCAUUACUCCCAUGUGUUCCUCCAGAGCUCCCAUGUGUUCCUCCAUUACUCCAUUGUGUUUCUCCAUUACUCCUAUGUGUUCCUUCAUAACACCCAUGUGUUCCUCUAUUACUCCCAUGUGUUCAUUCGUAAAUCCCAUGUAUUCCACCAUAACUCCCAUGUGCUAUUCUAUAACUCCCAUAUGUUCCUCUAUAACUCCCAUGUGUUCCUCUAUAACUUCCAUGUGUUCCUCCAUAACGCCCAUGUGUUCCUCCAUAACGCCCAUGUUGUUCCUCUAUAAUGCCAAUGUGUUCCUCCAUAACUCCCAUGUGUCCCUCCAUUACUCCUAUGUGUUCCUUCAUAACACCCAUGUAUUCCUCCAUAACGCCCAUGUGUUCCUCCAUUACUCCUAUGUGUUCCUUCAUAACACCCAUGUGUUCCUCCAUAAUGCGAAUGUCUUCCUCCAUAACGCCUAUGUUCCUCCAUCAUGCCCAUUUGUUCUUCCAUUACUCCCAUGUGUACCUCUAUAACUCCCAUGUGUUCUGCUAUAACGCCCAUGUGUUCCUACGUAACUUUCACGUGUUCCUCCAUUACUCCCAUGUGUUCCUCUAUAAUUCCCAUGUUUUCCUCUAAAACUCCCGUGUUUUCCUCUAUAUUUCUCAUGUGUUCCUCAGUAACUCCCAUGUCCCUCCAUAACUCACGUGGAUUCCUCCAUAACUUCCAUGUUUUCCUCCAUAACUCCCAUGUGUUUCUCUAUAACUCCCAUGUGUUCCUCUAUAACGCCCACGUGUUCAUCCGUAGCUCCCAUAUAUUCUUCCAUAACUCCCAUGUUUUCCUCUCUAACUCGAAUGUGUUCCUCUAUAACCCCAAUUUGUUUAUCUCUAACUCCCAUGUGUUCCUCUUACUCCCAAUGUAAGUCAUACGCAAUGACCAUGGGAAAGACCCACAUUUGAAAACUUUCUAAUACGGUGCUUAGACAAAUCGCAUGACCAAAAUCUUCCAUUUCCUCUCUCUGUCAGUCUGCAAGCUAUUACAUUUUUUCUAAUUCUUAUUUGUGCUUCUCUCCAUUCCUCCCCUCUGCAAGUGUCUGUCUGCCCUUCAGUCUGUCUCAAGAUGUUCGUCCCUGACGGUGAGAUGGUCGAGUCGUGACGUGACAACGCUCUGCUAACUACGUCACCCGGCGGGCGCCCCUGCAAUGUUGCAAGAAACGGUUCACAAAGUGGUGACUUGCAACGUUUCCUUCUACAACCUCAACUGCACCCUGUCCGAGCUGACCCAGCCGGAACGCGUGGCCUUGAUUUGCGUUUUUACCAUCAUCAUCACCAUCACGGUGGUGGGCAACAUCCUCACCAUCGUCUCCAUACUCUACUUCAGGCAGCUGCAGACUCGCACCAACGUGCUCGCCCUUUCGCUGGCCCUCGCCGAUUUCCUGGUGGGCUGCCUCAUCAUGCCCUUCUCCGUGAUGCGCACAGCCUACAGCUGCUGGUUCUAUGGCCAGCUGAUGUGCCGCAUCCACACGUGGCUCGACUAUACCUUCACCACGUGCUCCAUCUUCAACCUGGCGUGCAUCUCCAUUGAUCGCUAUGUGGCCAUCAGCGACCCGCUGCGCUACAAUCAACGCGUGACCUGCAGGACGCUGGUGGUGAUGCUCACCAUCUGCUGGAGCAACAUCAUCCCGUACGGUGUCUCCUACAUGCUGAAGCUCAACAUCAAAGGCAUCGAGAGCGUGGUCGCCGCCAAGAGCUGCCCGGACAACUGCGCUGUGUUCAUGAACGUCCCGUUUGGACUCGCCAACUCCAUGGGCGCCUACAUGCUGCCUAUGCUGUUCAUCAUGGCGGCAUACUCCAGGAUUUACAUGAUGGCUCGGAAUCAGGCGAAGAAGAUCAGCUCGCUGGGAGACCAGGUCCGGGCGAGCAACACAAGCGACUUAACCAUGCAGAGCAGGUGGAACGCCAUGAAGAGGGAUCACAACGCCACCAAGACCCUGGGCAUGAUCAUGGUGGUGCUGUUUAUCGUGUGGCUGCCCUUCAUCGUGGUGGUGGCCAUGGAGCCGGUGAUCGGCUACAAGAUGGACCCGACGGUGUGGGACGUGGCCAACUGGUUUACCUACUUCAACUCCACGAUGAACCCCAUUCUCUUUGCAUCCUUCAACAACUCAUUCCGAAGUGCAUUCUAUCUGAUCAUGAGCGGCAAGAUCCUGCGCGGCAGCUACAGAGGGACGGAUCUAUUCAACUUUAAGAGGUCAGAAAAGUAAUUAUAAUUAUCAGCAGCAGCAAUAGCAACAGCAGCAGCUGUAUUCUAUCUACUGCUGGAUGAAGGCCUACCUCACCCCCCCCCACCACAACCCAUCCCAUAUCUCACUGCAAUAAUCCAUCUAACACCUGCAUGUGUCCCUCCGUGGUUAGUCUCGACUACUGGCGGUCAUUCCCUUGCAGUGACAAGUCCUGCCCAAGCCAGCCUGACUCUCAUGGAGUCGACAUGAUGUCUCCCUGUGCCUUGUGCGUGCCCUCUGAUCCACGAGUUGCUCUUAUCGCGUUUUUCAGUGUAAUUAGAAUAAUAAUACAAAUUAUGAUGCGCGGUCAUAAAUAACCGAACAAAUUAAAUGCAGCAUAUAUAGGGUGGAUUAGAAGUCAUGACACAGGGUUAUUUUAGUUAUUUCCACAAAUUACAUGACAGGGUUAUUUAAUUUAUUUUAACAAAAGUUGAAAAUGACUUCCAUUGACAUGAAUGCAUUAAUGAAUUCUCUUUUUGAAUGAAUUUGGGACAUUUAACAUACAGAAAAAUAAACGAAUUUAACUCGUUAGUCUUUCGUCAAUGUUCGUUCCAUUAUUAAAUGUCCAUCUGAAAAGAUGGAAAAGAUAGAUAUAAACAAUGAUAAAAAAAACUAAAAUAUGAACUUAAAGAAUGCAUUUGUAACGCCAGUGUUAAAAAAAAAUUAUAGAACUCUACGUGUCCUGACUUUUUGCCCACCCUGUUAUUUAAAUACUGUUUUGAAAUAAUAAAAUUUGCACGUGAGAAAAGUUUUUAUCGUGUGUAACAUUCCUACCAUAGCCUUGUCAUGUAUGAAUCGUUGUUUGAAGUCUAUAUUCUUAGGCUCGCCACGGUGGCGAUGUUACCUCCCUCACCUGGUAUACAGGAGAUCGUGGGUUCGAUCCCGACCCUGACGCCUGUAUAUUUUGAGUUUGCAUGUUUUCUCCGUGGUCGCUUGGAUAUUUCUACGGGUUCUCGGGUUUUUCCCUACACACUUAGAAUAAACAUGCGUUUUGAUUAUUUGGCUGCUACCAUAUAUUUCCACAUGAUACGCCACUUCGUUGAGCGAUCAUUUGCAGCCAGGUCGCUCCUUACAAAGAGAUAAUAGCUCAGUGGGCUUUACCUGGUAAAAUAAAAAAUAGAUGAAAUAGUAAUAGUCUGGUUUGGUAAUGAUGAGUUGUGAUGCUGCUGCUGAUAUCGUAGUGACUGUCUUGCAAGCUUGGAGGUAGAUUGAUAUUCUUUAUUUAAUGAUUAUCAUUAUUGUGUUUGCGAUGGGUGCUAGUUAUUUGCAAGCAAUGCCGUGAUGUACCCAGAUGUGAAUCGAACGAAUACAUCAGAUCAAACUCGAGUAGAUGCGAAAAACGUGACUUUGUCUGUGCUUCUGCAGCGAUAAUAAACCGAUUUGUGGAAUACCGACGACUGUAAAUAGAUGUUCGAGCUUGUUCAGCCGUUCAACUGCGAUGACCAAACGAGAGUAUUCGACAUACUCUUCCUGCACACUGUGGCAGGAGUACCCACACUUAUUUACCCCACUACACGCGACCUGCCAAUGCACUCGCUGUCACGUACACCCAAUUCAGAUUCGCAUACUACUGGAUGGACAGCAUAGAGAG